AGAGAUUUCCAAGAUGUCGCCGACUCGGUGGAAGAGGUGUCGACUUAAAGUUCAAGCAUCUUCCCUUUAACAUGUAAACCCGACCAUGUCGGGAAAUAUACCACUAGAGAGAUGCUUCAAAGAGGCAGAGGAGACGGGAAGGCUCAAUUUGAGCCAGAAAAAUCUUCGCGAUUUCCCAGAUCCGACAGACGAUUGCGAGUUGAUCGAUGUAAUCGAAAUAGGUGAGCUUUCUCUAAGCUUUAUAAGCUGCAAAUAUUGUCAUUGCGUUACCGAAAAAAGUACACGAUUUCUCGUUCACAACUGGACCCUAUUUUUGACUGCUUGCAUUUUAAUUACUGUUCUUUUAUCUUGCAGACUUGUCAAGAAAUAAACUGUCCGAAUUCCCUGCAGAGCUGUGCGAUUUUCUUAUGAUUGAAAGAGUGGAUUUAUAUCACAAUACGAUACGGGGAGUUCCAGAAUCGCAAAUGAGUGAACUGAAAUUUCUCCGUGUCCUAAACUUGAGGUAAUGCUGAUAGUGCGGUUUCAACAUGUCUCUCAAUUUGUUAUCAGAUGAUAUGAUCCGAACCAAACUUGAAAUCACAACUGCAGAUGCUCGUAAUGAUCAGCAAAUAAUUUAUCAAGCUGUUAUUUGCUAAUGCUUGCAGGAGGUUUUGAUCCCUUUAUUAACAAUGCUCGGCUUCUUAAUUAUAAUUUUCGUCCAUUCUUUGAUAUGUAUUUAUGGUGAUAUAAAGUACGUUGACAUUUACAACAUUUUUGUACGAUUUGGAGAACAAUGCGAUGUGUGUUUGUUUACCUUUAAUGUUGAUUAAUCGGUGCGAAUGGAGAUGUCGAAGGACGGCGAGUGUGAACGAUCUGUAAUUGGAUUGCAGCUGAUACGUUUAUGUGAAAAUGAAAAGCAAAUUUUCCUUCGGCCAGUGGCUCGCUAACAAUUGUUUCUUGAAGCGCGUUCCUCGCGCUAGGAUUUUGAAAAAAAGCUUUUAAUUCAGAAAUGUGGUUAAGGGUAGAAAUAGAAUAUUCUCCACAUCUGAGUAAAAAAUGUCUCCGAAAUUUAGCGGAAGUAUUGUGUAAAGUAACUGGAGAAUCUCUUAUCGCUAACACCUUAUCUUUGAAGAUCCUACUUCAUGUUAAUUAAACCAAAUGUUAAGUCACUAUAAGAGUUUUUUGCACGAAGAGACUAAUAAAAGAAAGCAAGCUUUGAGUUUUAAUCAUUUAGUAUUUAUCUAUGGAGAGGUUUGUGAUUGUGAUUAUGAUACAUUGUUUGUUCACAGACGGAAUCAGAUCACCACUUUCCCCUCAGAGCUCUGCUCCUUGCCUCUGCAAGUCUUGAACUUAAGCAACAACAAGCUUACUUCUUUGCCCGUUGAAAUUGGACACUUGACUUUAUUGCAAGAUUUGGUAAGUAAUUUUAUAAUCUAGUAACCUUGGUGAACAAAAUACUCUAGAUGACUCAGAGGCCUAAUCCAAUAAGCUUACAUAUUUAAUUGCAGCAUGCAUCAACAAGCUGUAUUGUUACUUUCCAUCAGUGCUUUCAUCAACCCUUUAACUCCCAUGAGCGACCAAGACAGAAUUUCUCCUUACAAUAUCAAUACAAUAUCAACCAGAUAAAAAUAUCAAUUUGGGGAUAAUAAGUUGAUCCAAUAUUAAAUUCUCUGAACUAACAUAAUAAGAAUUAUAAAGUUUACAGGCAGGAGAAUGACAAAUUUGAUCUGGGAGUGAAAGGGUUAACCCCAAGAUGUAGGAUGAUAUUAACUUGAGAAUUCAAGUCUUUGGUAUUGCAAAGCUAUCUAAAUUACAGUUCAUGUAAAUCUAUAUGAUGUCUUGCACCCUGUUUUAGUAAUUGUCCAAAAAUCUGGGAUUGCCAUGAUUUUGAUUCACAAUACUCUGGGAUGUGCUCUAGAAAUCACUGCUAACCAAUCAAAUGUAGCUAUUAGGGGUGAACUCCCAGUUCUUAUUGACUCCUACUUAUAAGACAAUUUGAGUUGAGUGUUGAAAGUAACCUAGUGACGCAUUCUGUGGUUUUUGUUCUUAAUGCUCUGUGAUGGAUCUGGAAAUCAAACACCACCUUCCCAAUUAAUCAGAUGCAAUAUUAAGUGCUGCUCUUGUUAAGAGUGGUUCUCUCAACUUCCCGUCAGAAAAGUUUUCUUUUAUUUUUUGGCCUUGAAAAGGAUUUAGGAAAUAGUUAAGUUGUUCUCCAAUUCUCUUUUUAUGCGUCACAACAAACUAAAAAUGAUUUUUGGCUAAACCACCCUUGUGGACAGCGAUCAAAAGUGUAAAUUCACAGAUUUUGUUCGGAGCACAGUGACUGCAAUAAUGUGGUUACAUAAUUCUAUCUUGCUACAAGUUAUAAGAUGUAUUCAGUUAGUUCAAAGACAAAAUAUGGAAACUUCAACUUGUUUGCAUGUUGUUUUAAGCAAUGUGAUAUGUCUGUAAGGACCAAAGUGCCAAAUUUUAUUCUUUAAUUUUAAUUCCAUACAUUAUGGCAUGAAGUUCAAAGGACACAAAGACUGGGCUCAAUUUUGUGUUCUCCCAGAAAAUGCUUUGUCAAAAUUGAGCAAAAUUUCUUGCAAGAAGUUAACCACAUGCUUUGGUCUUUUCUUUCAUUUCAGGAUUUAAGUUCAAAUGAAUUAGUGCACCUGCCAAGUAGUAUGGGAGAGAUGUUAUCUUUAAAGGAUUUAAACAUUCGAAGGAAUCGUUUAGAAGUUUUACCAGAUGGUAAGUUGAACAGUCAAAUCUUGCUCUCUUAAUUCAACAGGGGUACAAGGUCCAUUUUUCUUUUUUCUUUUUUCUUUUUUUUUUUUCAAGUUUGGCUCAACUUUCAUUUUCCAUCAGAAAUUUUCAGUGGAUAAAGAGUUUGAUAAUUUUCCCAUAACAUAGCCUUGCGAUAUCUUUCAUCUUUGUUGUUUGAUUAAUUUGUUGUGUGUUCCUUCCUUUUGCAGAACUUAGUAAAUUAAAAUUGGUUCGAUUAGAUUUUUCUUAUAACAAAGUGUCCGUGAUUCCUCCUGCUUACCGGCUUAUCACCAGUUUAUCGGUGCUGGAACUUGCGCACAAUCCAUUGACUUCUCCCCCUGCUCAGGUGUGUGAACUAUCCCCCACCUUGCUGUGUAUAUGUAACUUACUGGAUGUGUCACUCUAUUGAAUCCAGUAGUAAUGCAUUCAAAUGUUAUCAGAAUCAGUACUUGGUUCCUUUCCAUUAUUUUCAUUGCAAUGUAAUCCUCAACACUUUGCACCUUAACAUCCUCUCAAUGGUUCUUUAUAUUUUCCAUAAGAGCUUUUUUAGUUGGUGAUCAUUUCCUUCAUUCUCAUGACCUUAAUGUUUGAUUCAAGAGUGAUAUUGUUAGGAGAAAUUAGAUGUUAGUCAUUCUUAAGGGUCAAAUGGUAAAUGAGUUAGUGUUCUCUUUACUCUAGGUCUGCACAAAAGGGAAGUUACAUAUUUUCAAGUACCUCAGCGCAACUGCUCAUGAACAAGAGAAGGUGAUUUGAGAGUGUGCUAAUAUUGCUCAGUGCAAGUGCAUGUACAGUAUGGGGUUUGUAAGCAUCUUGGAAACUAGUGAAAGACAUUGAUAUUUGAGGGUCCAUUUACAAGGCUUUGAAAGUCCUUAAAAUUCUCUCAUAUGAUUUCGUCUUUCAGAGUCUCUUCAAUUCUGAUUGAGUAAUCUUUCCAAACCUCAAAUAACAGUCUGAAGCUCUUAUAAUACAAUCAGCAUAAGUAAAACAUGACUCAGAUUUGGCUUUUUUAUGAUCCCAGGAAAGUGGCUUUGAUUAUGAAAAUGAUUACCCCUAGGAAGCCUGUUUAAGUCAGAAAGGAUUUUUGUAAAAAAAUUGGUACUUGAAAUUUUAAAAUACUGUCUUGAAAAGUUAGGUUGGUGUCAGUUUUUAAGUUUGUAAGGUAAAGGAACCUCUUGUAAGUACAAUAAACAUCUGUGUAAUUUGAAAACAUUUCUUACAAUGUUAGUAUAUUUUUAUAGUCAUCUUCUUUAUUUAGUCAACAAAAAAUGAAAAACUAAAGCUAGAAAUUUUGUGCAAUGGUAAAAGUAAAGAUUUAAAAAAAUCAUUGUGAUUAUAUCACAGAGUUGUGCUUUCAGAAGAGUCUCAGUGUUUUAAGCAGUGUUUAUUCCAGAAAUCCACUCAUGGCUCAAAUUAACCUGACAAUUUUGUAAAAUUUGGCAACUAUUGAUUCUUAGUAUCUUUCCACAGAGAAGAACAUUUGACAGAGAUGUUGUUAGAAAAUACUCUUUUCCGCGAUCAUCAAGGUUUGACUUUUAACUAUCUUAGGACAUUCACAUGCUUUUUUUUUCUAACAGAAACAAACCAAGUUUCAGUUGAGCUGACCUUGAUUUUGCCUUUGAAAGGUUUUCAUCACAUAUGACAAAAACUUUAAAUAGUGAAUGAACUUAGGAUUUCAAAAUGAAUGUUUACUGUUUUCUUUGUGGAUUCUUCAUGCAGUGAGGAUGCUCCUGAAAACCAUCUAAUGAUUGACAGAGUAAGAAGAACGCAUUCCUUAGAUUUAGCAAGAAAUGCAGCUGCAAGAGAAGUAAGUAAUGCAUUUAACAUUUUAUGCCCCAACAUCACUCUGCAUAUUCCUCAUACUUUUCCCUAUAUAUUUUCUAAGGUGUUGAUAAGGCAAACUUGUUUAACAGUCAAGAGCUUCUUUAGUUGGUGAUCAUUUCCUUUAUUCUUGUGACCUAAAAAACUGAUUUAGGGGUGAUAUUGUAAUGAGAAAUUAGAUGCUAGUCCCUUGUAGGGGUCAAAAGAUUUACCUCUACAUGUAGUUACACACAGCCCAUGUUGGCUUUGUUUUGCAUGUUUUGUCUCUUGAAUAACUGCUUUCAAUCAAUUUAAUCUCUUCCAUCUUUGUCAUUUCUUUGUUGAGUGUUAUCCCUUCUGAGUUUUUCUAUCUUGCAAAACUUGUAUUUUGUAUUCUCCUGAGAAUAAAAGUCAUUUUCCUCCUGACAAAAACAUUUCCUAAAUAAUUGUUACGUGGCUUUUCCAUUCAUUUGUUUUGUUUUGUUGUUGUAGACUUAUGAGAAAGAGGUUUAUCGACCAAGCUCAUUACGAGAAAGAGAGAGAACAAGGCCCCCAUUGUCUAAUGUGUUUGAAACAGAGGAGAAGAGACGGGAGAUUCAGAAAGAGAUAGAAAGAGCACAACAGCUACUUGCAGAUGCCCACGAAGUGGAAGAUGAUGAAGUGCAGUCAAAACCAGAUGAGGAGUAUAAUGAAGGAGAGGAGCUUCUGAAGGUUUGCUUUUUACAACUACUUUUAUGUUGAUUUGUGACCAAUAUUUUGUACUUAUUGACUGAAUCAAGUUGGGCCAAAUAUUUUCUGAACCUGGGACCACAAGGUUCCAAGUCCAGCACCCUUGCUGCCUCUUCAUUUUAUUAUUUUACUGCCACUCUUUGGCCUCCUUCCUUUCUGCCGGCAUUGUGGAUCUUGCUGGGUGUAUACAGGGCCAAGCAGAGUUUUGUGGUCCCACUCAUACAGGGGCUUAGUAACUUUUGAUGUAAGUGGCUGCUGAUGGUGCCAAAGUAGCUGUGUUGUUAGCCCAAACUCAAACACAAGAGCCUGUGUGCAGGCAAUGGAAGGUCUUAUAGGUGGCUGUAAACCACCAGUAACUGGCUUUUAUCAAAAUCCUUGCUCAUGCCUCUACCUUUAGUCCUCCUGCUGGAAAUGUGUGUGGGUCAUAUUGAUCAGUUGAAAAAUUAGGUAUAUGUUGUCACUUAAAAUGAAUUUCACAUGGCAAUUAUUGAAAAAUGGUUUUUUCCCUUGUUCAAGCUACAUUGCCAUUAUACUUUUAAAAACAAAGAAUAGCGCUGAUCAUUCUGGCGUGAAGUUAUAUUCACCUGAAACAAUUUUAAACUACAACUUUUAUGUUGCAGUCAAAUUAAAAUUCAGGUGAAUAUGAUGUUGAACUGGGUAGAUUUGUAUUUUACUUUGUAUAAGAACUAUGAUGAGUUAUAAGGAACAUAGGAAAGAACAUUAAAAAUCUUUUUAAACUCAAUUUGACCUGAAUUCAUUUACACUGCAAUAUUUACAUUUAUGUGUGAAAUUUUGCAGCUAAUUUAUUUCAAAAGGAAAAAUUUGGGCUCUAGUGAUCAAGUAUGCCAUAAUUGUGCUUUGUGAAAUGAUUACAAAUGAAUAAAUGAACCCCUUACUUGAAUAAGUCAAAUCAACAUGCUUGCCUCGGAAAUAAACAGAUAAAAGAACUUGCAUAGUGUUAGUGUACCCCUGUAAACAUCAAGGAUGGUGUAAAGGCCGAUGAAAAGAUGUCUAAUUUCUCUCUUGAAAACUGUGUUGUCUGUAUUUAGUUUUUCAACUUGGAAUUUUCCAUCAGGAAAUAUGUACCAAGGACCUUUAAAUUAGUACUUUGAGUUUUUUUACCAGGAGAGUUAUACAUGUAGGAAACUUGUGUUAGCUAGUUCAUUGAACUGGAUUUGAUUAUUUCUGAGUAUGUAUUUGCGGGGGUGUCUCCUUUUAACCAGAAGAAUAAAUGUUAAAAAGUAACUUUUCAUGUUUUUCGACCCAUGCAAGUCAUGCUAACUGGGGUUUAUGAUGAUUAACCUUUUUAUUUUCUGUGGCUACUAAGAGUAACUUGAGCUUCCAUAAAGUUUUUACAACAAAGAUGUAAACUUCAUUUCUUAUGACGUUGAGUAAUGGCUAAGCAGUGAAAUAAUAUGAAAUGUAUUAAUUGAUACAAUGAAUGAUAAAUGGAGUCUGUAUAAAAAAUCAUUAAACAUGUGCUGCAGAAUUUCACCUCUACAGGAUAUUUUUUUCUUAUGUUCAAGUUUUGCAGCAGAGGCAAUCUAUUUUGUUAGGGUUUUUUUUUUAAGAUCCAGUUAACUAUUUUGGUCUGCUUUAUUACUUGGUAAGGAAGUGUAUGCUUCUCAAAUGCUUAUUAUACAGUUUGAUUACUUUAAAUUGCACUAAUAGUUCAUUUUUAAUUGAUCUAUAAUUAAUAGUUAAUUGUCACACAUACUCACCUUUUCGGCUUUUAACAAAUUAAUAACUGCUAUAAAAUAAAAUUCUUCUAAUACAUGUCAAAAUAAAUUUUUAAAAAAGACUAUUUUCAAUUGGCAAAGCGGAAAUGAAAAUCAAAGACAACAGUUUCUGUGUGGCCAUUAACAAUGCAUUUAUUUACUUUCUGGAACUAAGGUGAAUCAUGUGACCACUUAUUUCCAUGAAGUAAAAUCCUGUAUUGUUGGCUCAUGCAGUAACUUUUGCCUUUCUUUUUCUUUCAGAUUAAAGCAUGGCCACCUCUGCAAGCUUCUCUCCAGAGAAUCUUCCGCAGCGAAACCUUGUGGCCUUUGCUUGCUGUUUUACUGUAUGCUUUUCUCAAUCCUGGGACGGUUUUUUUGUCUGUUUUUGUGGCCUUGCUUUGCCUGGCUAUUUUAUGGGUUUUCAAAUAAUUAUGGUAAAAGGCAGUGGUGUUUUUCUCUGUAGCAUAAAACUUUGUCUAUUGCAAUCUUUUGAGAUGUGAUAAAAUAAAUUAGAGUUAGUUGUUGAUAUUUAGAAUACAGCAUUUGAAAUGCAAAACUUAACACCUUGGAAAAAGUUGACAGCACAGCUGAAAUUAGCAAUGAAAACCAGUAUUUAUGUAGACCGUAUUUAUAGUGAGCAAUACUAGAUGUACCUGCAUGUAAACUUAGAAGCUCUAUCAGGAAUUUGGAUUAAUGCUGUUCUCAUGUAAUUAAUCUCUUCAUCUGCCAUUCCUUAACAAGUUUGAAAAGAAUACUUGGAACAUUUUAACUCAACUAACAGCAAUAAGGGUGACAAGAAUCAUCAACAUUUUGUGUGCCACAGUGUUUUGAAGAUAAUCAAUGUGAUAACUGAUAUCUUGUUUAAAAAUUACUUCAAGUUUAAAGUGAACUUUGUUCCCCUAAUUGACUUCAUUGUAGUUUGGUAUUCCACAUUCAGUGACCUUUAAAUGUGGAACAGACAUUCUUGAGUUCAGUGAAAGUUACAUUUUUUGAUUUAUUGGAUUUGGUAAAACUGAAUUAGGAGGUUAAACUAAUUUAUUCAAGAUUACAUGUCACACUGUAGCAUAGCUUAAAUAUCGAUUUCAUCUUUUGAAGUGUUUUCUGCAAAAGAAUGUAAAUAAGUGUCAAUGUUGUUAGCCACUCCCCAAUUUUAUUUUCACACUUGUCUGAGACAGUUAAAAAGAUAUUCUAACUAACCAUAAAACCACCAAAAAAUUGGAUUUGGCUGGACCCAAACCAAUUGGCAAUUGACAGGGAAAGACUUGAAUGAGGGUCAACAGAGAACUAAUGCAGUGAGUAGUGAAGUUGAUGGAUUGAACCGGCAAAUAUGAGAUGACAAAUCUAGUACUGCAUCCUCUAUGAUAUUAAUUGACAGAGAAUUUUGUGGAUAUUGUAUUUACCAUUGGGACACCUUGACAUUAAGGUACAAUUUUUCGAUGAAGGACUUAUCUUUUUGUGAGUAAGUUUUGUAUAUCUUUUUACAAUGCUAGAUUUCAAUUUGAGGAUUACUCAACUAUCAUCUGACAUAACUUAAAAGAGAAAAUAUCAUAUGAUUAAUAAAUAAAUUAUUGAUAUAUAAUUUAAUUUAAUUUAAUUAUAGUGCAUGCUAAGCAAUCGAUGAAAUAAAAAGUUAUGAUCAAACCUAGCAACAGUGAACACUUGAUAUGUUUUUUGGAAUAUUUUGUUAUUAACAAGCACAUUGAAUAUCGGGACACAUGCAAAAGACAAAUAUGAAAAAUGAAAAACUAAUUACCCAGCUUGUUACUUACACUUUUGAUGUGGAAGACACCUUGGCAUUGUGGUUAGUGAGGUGGACCCCAGGUUGAGGGUACACAUUUGAGACCUGUCCUGGUCAAUUCAUGGGCAGAACACUUAACUCUCACAGUGCCUCUCCACCCAGGUGUAACAAUUGCUUAAGGGGGGGGGGAUAACCUUGUGAUGGACUGACACCCCAUCCAGAGGGGAAUGGUGAUGCAUCUAGUCACUUUAUAUGAAGGAAAACAGGAUAGUCUUGGGCUGGGAGAGCUACUAUGCUCCAGUACAGGCUUAACCUUUCACCUUUUCUCACUUUGGUUGUUCUUAUUCUUGAAAAAAUAUUUUGCCAGAGAUAUGUUUUUAGUGUUCACUGUUGUUUUAGUUUGAUACAAUGGAGGCUCCUCAAGUACUUACCAUCAAGGAAUUUCUACCCUGUUUUAUCUCUUUUUUUUCUGUUUCUUUAUUCAACAUAGGGUAUGUUUUCUUUCAAGGAUAAUCAGAAAAAAAAUGUAUUUUAAGAGUUUAACACUCUGGAUCUCUAAAAUCUAACAUUUAAUUCUUAUAGUAACUAUUUUUAGUAACUUAAAAACUUUCCUUGAAAUUUGUAGUCAAUAUUUUUCUUUCUGCCUUUCCUCUGGAAAUUUUCGUAUUAAAACAAUAGUAGAUAAUCGCCAAUGUAUAGAAUUUAAAGGUUGUGUUUUCAUUAAUGUAUUCAUUAUUGUUAUUUAAGAACUUGUAUGGUAAAUAUUAUAAACUAAUUAAUUUAUUACAUUUAGCUGUACUGUAAUUUAUUUGAAGGUAAGGAAAAAAUAUUUUUCUUUUGAUUAUAAUACAGAAUAGAGCUAUUAAGUUAUAAGUAAGAAAUUAAUCAAGGGCAAAAAAAUUAUGUGUCAUGUUAAGUUGUAUAUUUUGCAAAGUUACUAUAUUUGAUGAAAAUUAUUUUGCAAGAUUUAGAUGUUUGUGCAUGACAUUGGUUGAUGUCACAACAAGACAGGAGUUUUUUCUUCACUCUGUAUUCAUGAAAAAAUGAGUAACAACAAUUUUUUUCAGAAAGAAACUUUAAGUUUGUAUUUGGAGUGAAAGAAAGAUUUAAAUUACAUGCUGAAACUUCAGGUUUCUGUAGCUGCCAUUUGUAGAGAUGUUUGUAGAGAUAACAAGAGAGGUCACCGCAAGGCUGUUUUAGAGUGAGGUUAAUAGAAGGGGGUGUAAUCAGUAAAUGCUGUAGUAGAAUUCAAAAGUAAAAGAUAAAUUGAUAAUCAAAUGUUUUAUUGACUGAUGUUUUGUAUUUUAUCUCUGCUAAUGAAGAAUAUGAAUAAGUCUUUCCAGUAAUUGUUAGGAUUUGAGUUAUAGUGUGAUUACUAUAACACUUUCUUGAUUUAACUUCAAGGAACAUUAAAUAGGAACAUCAUUUAAACACCUGGAUUUUUUUUCUACUUAAAAUUGCUGAUAGCUUCUGUAGACUAGCAGGGUAAUGUUACAUAAGAUCUUACCACAGGAGGUUUUUUAAAAUCCUAUUUGAGAUGAUUGUAGAAUCUUACCUUAGAUGAACCCUUAACUCUUAGAACUGAUUAAGAUGUAACUUCUCCCUAUAAAAUCUAUACAUUAUCCAGCAAACAGGUAACAUGAAUACUCAAACUCAUCAGGGAGAAGUUGUUAUCUUGAUUUAUCACCAAAUUCUUGUAACUAAUAAACAAGUAAAUGUGUAGCAACUGGAUGGGAGAAUUAAAUAUCAGAUCUUGGGGUCAAAGUACACACCCUGUGAUUUUUUUUAAAAAAAUCAUUAACCCUUUAACUCCCAUAAGUGACCAAGACAGAAUUUUUCCUUACAACAUCAGUAUAAUAUCAACCAGAUAAGAAAUGAGAAUUAAAAAAAUAUCAAUUUGAGGAUAAUAAGUUGAUCCAAAACUAAAUUCUCUGAACUAAUAUCAUAAGAAAUGUAUGGUGGAAAGUAAAGAGAAUUCCAAAUUGAUCAGUGAGCUAAAGGGUUAAUUAACUUCAUACAUUUGUUUGAAGUCAACAUUGAAAUUAAAAUUAGCAUUUAUCCCCUGAAUAACUUUACCCUGAAAUAUUCUCUAAUUUUGGGUGGUUUGUUUUUGAGUUAGUUUCAGUGGCCAAAUUAUGUCAGAUUGUGGGUCGGGUUGUUCAAAAUAGGAAUGAUCUAAUUUGGAACUGAGAGACCCAGCCUAGUUCUGCAGCUUUGCCAAUCAUUUAACGAUUUAUUCGUUUCCUUCAAUUAGUGUUAAACAAAUAUAUCAGCCCAGUUUGUUCACAAACCUACUGCAAUGAUUUGAUUUAGCGCCCAGGGUGCUAAUUUACAUUUGGUACCCCAUUGGAGGGCACUUAUUUGAUACAGGGCACUUAUUCGGGACAGGGCACAUAUUUUUCUUUGAAAAACAGCAGAAUGUGAAACAAAGUGUUGAUUUUUAUUUGAAUGAGGAUAAAAAAGGCUGGAAAAUGGAAUUGUUGUCCUUGCAUCCUUCCUUGCUAGGAUGACUAGUUAAGCAAUCAUCAUAAAAUUUUAUGAUGAGAUCUUUGGUUUGAAGGAACUGUGCACUCAGGGCGAUAUGAUACUUAAGAGACUGAGAGGAAGACGACUUUUUCAUUGUCAAGCUUUAAGUGAGCAAUUAAAGGAAGAUGGACCAUGAUUGAUCUCAGUGUACAUGUACUCCAACUGUGCUAUUACUGAAAAAGAAUAGGGGCAUUUAUUGGAAUAGGGAUGCUUUUUGGUAUUGGGAUGCUUUUGGAUUGAGAGUGUAUACUCUGUAGGGGAGCUUAUUAGAAUAGGGGCACUUAUCAACAGAAACAAAUAUGAGGGGGGCACCUAUUAGAGAGAGGGCACUUAUGUUUGAUGAUGAUGAUGAUGUUUGUUAUAGCCCUUUACAACACAAAAAUCAAAAUUAAGUAUAACUUCCAAUUCUGAAUUAUCAUCAACCACUUUUUGAGGAAAAUUACAACUAGGUUUUAAUUUUUCUUCCCCAGUGUCAUAAAUUUUGAAACAUUUAUUUCUGUUUGUAUAAGUGCACCACCACAUGAACUGCUGGGUCACCCAUCACAAUUAAUAUUUAUUUGAUUUUAAUCAGGAAUUCUUACAAAUUGAAGCUGAGCAAAGGAGAAAAAAGGAAGAAGAGGAAAGACAGGUUGAGGAACGAAGAAGUGCUGCAAGGAAGCUGCAGACACAACAUGAAGAAAUACAACAACAACGACAAGCAGAGGUCAGGAGGAAAAUGGAAUCCAAGAAUGCAACUCCAGAACAGAAGUGAGAAUAAUGACUGAUGAUUUUUUUCAGUGAAGACUACUUUGGUUAUGUUGUAGAACCUUUGUGCUCUUUUGAUGGUUACAAGCUGGAGUUAAGGAUUCUUUUGAUUCAGUUGACACUGAAUUUUGAGAUUACUUCAGGAAGCAAUUACAGUAAGAAUGAUCAGCUAGUGCAUUCAUGUACAAAGGAUGAUCCUUAACCCCUAAACUCUCGUAAGUGACCAAGACAAUACAACAUCAAGCAAACAAGUGAUGGAAAUUUAAAAAAUAUAAACUAAAGGAUUAUUAGUUGAUCUAAUACCAAGUUCUCCAUACUCAUAUCUUAAUAAUUGUAUGACAAUCAUUAAGGAGAAAUAAUAAGGGUAUCUUGGGAGUGAUAUGCCACUUCAUACGUUUGUUUAUCUUUUUUUUUUCCUUUUUCUUAACCCUUUAACUCCCAGAAGUGAUUAACCUCUAACUUCUCCCUGCAAUAUCCAUACAUUAUCCAGCAAACAGGUGAUGAGAAUACCCAAACAUAUCAAAUAGAAGUUGUUGUUUUGAUCUAACACCAAAUUCUUGUAACUAAUUUAAAAGAAAAUAUGUCGUAGCUGGAGGGGAGAAUUGACUAUCAGAUCUGGGAGUUAAAGCAUUAAGAAAGUAGACAACACUUCUAACUAUUUAGUAACAAUUAAUGGAAUUCAGUUCGAGACAUUUAUACUUGAACAAAGUUAUUGGAAAAGUUUUAAUGAAAGACUAACAACAAUGCAAAUUACAACGUGUAUUGUAAUUUGUUUGUUUACAAAUUUGUGAAUCUUUCAUUGAGUUACAGUUUAAUGAAUGGAAAGGAUUUAUUUGUGUAUUCUUGUUUUCUCUCAAGAAAACUCUCCUCAUCUUCAUUUGGUGGUAGAGAUAGUGUAAAGCCUGCUGUUGCGAAUCAUCCAACUUACAAGGUGUUGAGUCGUUCAGGUUCAGCAAAAGAAGCAAGGUAAAUAGAGUGGUAAACUAAGAGAAAAUGAAGGAGAGAGAGGGGAGGUGUAGGAUUUAAAUACAGCAAUUUCACCUAACCCUUAAACCACUUGACCCGUUCAGGUUCAGCAAAAGAAGCAAGUUAAAUAAAAAGUUAAAUAAAGAGGUAGACCAAGAGAAAAAUGAAAGAGAGAGAGAGAGAAAGGGAGAGAGGGGGGAAGGCGUAGGAUUCAAACACAGCAAACUCACCUAACCCUUUAACCACUUAGAGUAACCAGCAUCUAAUUUCUCCUCAGAGUCAUACUGCCGAAUCGUUCAUCUAUAUUCACUCAUUCUUCCUUUGAUGGUUUUUUUUUUUUAACCUCAUGCGUUGUAUUCAUGAACUUUUAGCUCGGAUGUGAGGGUAAUCUCAUCCCACGUCAUGACACUGAUUAAUAGACUGGUUGAUCAAUUGAGUUAAUUAAUGUACUUUUCGUCGACUUUUUAGUACCCCUGCAAUGGAAUCGCCUGAUGUUGCAUGGAACAGACAGGUAAAGAAUCAUUCCUGGGAUAAGUCAUUCUGCUUUCCUUGCUCUACUCAGGCCACAUGAUUUAAGUAACAACCAUUUGUCUGGGAAAGGAAAACAAUGCCUUUGAAAGGUCAGGAAUCACGCGCUGAUUUCGCACACAGUAGCUGGAACGUAAAACCUGACGAAACACAUUUAUUAAUUUGAGCUGAGUUAGUGGUCAUGAAUUUUUAAAAAGAUUGAUUCUCUAUUCAGGAGGAAGAGCUCCGAGCACGCAAAAGAGAGCAGCUUAUGCAACAGAGCAGAAGAGAGGCUCAACUUUCCAGGUUGAGAUUUGAAGAAGAACGUAUGAAGGUAAGAGAUUCAAUUUUCUAGGUUUAGUUAUUUCAUCGCAAAAGUUAUUAACUUAGGAUCGCUGUUUGAUUAGGCUCAAUGUCGAGUGGGGAGGGGAAGGGGGGCGGCAACAGGCGCGCGGGCUUAUGUCCUGAACAGCGGCUUUUAAUUGAACCCACUGUUGAAUUAAACACUAAGGGCCGGUUGUUUGAACAAAGUUUAGCCGUUGUAUAACUAAACUGCGUCCUAAAACAAUCCUCAAGUGUUGUUAGUUCAAGAAUGAACAAAACCUUAAACUGUAGUGACGUCUUACCGUUAAUUGCAGUAAUGCGAGGUAGGUGUAGAUUAUCAUGAUCUGCGCAUGUUCCAGAUAUUUCCAAGGAGAUUUACACAGCUCUUUCAAUUAAGUUUGAAUUGCAUUGCAGCGUUCUUCCAACCUUUCAAGAGACGGCUCAAGCAAAUCGGUAAGACGCUAGUUUUCUCUAAAUAAUUUGAAAUAAACAAAUUGUUCUUCUUGACAUAGCUGUAUCAUUUGAAUACUAGCACGUAUUACUUAUUAUAAACAAGAGCAAAGCUUUCAAUGCAGCAUAUAUAAACAAAUUUAAACCUGUGAGUGCUAUCAAAAUUCUUGGUUGGUAAGCCAUAAACAAGGUUAUCGGGGUAGAUGUGUAAGAGUUUGCUCUAAAGGUCCUUUAUCGAAGCAAAGACCUCAAGAUACUUUCGCUUGCAUUUGCCACAGCAUAGCUAAUGGGUCUCAUCCUCGGGGCCUGGAAGACCUGCGGCUCUGUGGCCACUCAGUGAAUGGGGUGCGUGGGCAAUGUACAGAUAGUUAGGGUUGGAGGAAGCUUAUGUACGAUGUUGCUUCAAAAACGGGGUCACGAUAGGGGAAUAAAGGGCAAUCACGCCCGUAAAAAGUUAUCCCAGCACUUUUGGCUUGAUCUCAGGGAUGCGGGCGGCCUACUACUAGCACUCAUGCACACAACUUUCUGUAAGAUGAUAGAAGCUUAAGGAAGUUUUGAGGUGUUAAAAAGUGAUUGGGGAACUCAGAUGGUGAACACCCACUCCAAGUUUUGUGGAGGAGGUAGUUGUCUAAUAGACGUGUCCAUUAGGAGAGAUUACACAAUAAUUUACCAUCAAAAAAUUUGUUGUUUGAUUCAUUUUAUAGAGAUUUAGUGGCAAAAGCAGUGCUGCAACUGUUUCUUUUAACGGCAGUGAAACACCUUCCCAAAAUGAUGGCGGUGUGCAAGAUAGGGAGGCAUGGGAGGUAAGAUACUAUACAGAAAGGGAUGUGAUACCGUCUCGUCUCCCUUGAUUCCUCUCCGCCCCUUUCCCUUCCCCUCUUUCUCCCUCCUCCCCCCCCUCCACCUGUCAAAGAGCUAUCGGUAUUGAUCUUUAAACGUACACAAUCAUCAGAUGUGCACGAAAGUGAUGUUUGCACGGAGUCAGUAGCUUUGGGUUGUUUUCUAUAUUGGAGCCUCGUUAUUAGUGUCUGGGUACAAGCCUUUCUUCACCCGCUUGUUCUACUCUAAGGAUGUUUCCAUCACCUUGUGAUUUCUCGGUAUUUGUUUAUUUUCUGCGGCCUUUGACUUGGAUGAAAAAAGUUUAUUUGACACGGGAUAGAAACAACGUUUAGGUCUGAGUCUCCCAGUGGAAUUAGCACUUCAGGCUUUACUGCUAAGCUACGAAGGAAGUCGUUCGCAAGUGACAUGCUUGGUCUACGACAAAGCUCAAUAUUUUUCCUCUUUCUUUAUGUAUUUACAAAAGUCCUUUUUUUUCAGGAACUGGUUUAUACAAAUAUUCAUACAAGACAGAAAGCACCUCAGGUCCGAUCGUGUGAGUAUGGGGGAAAUCCAACUCCACCACUGGUCACAGGGGUUGUUGACGAAAAAUUCCGUGAUUCUAGAGCUCACGUAAAAAUCAGGCCGUACUGUCCUGUGAGAAUUCCCGUAAUCCAUUUUUGAUAUUUCUCUAUUUUCAGUACCAGCGACCUUCAGAGACCAAAACAAUCCGAAUUUUACCAUAAAGCGAAUGUACGACAGUGCACGAGAGGAAUUUGAACAACUGGAAAGACUUAGAGAGGUGUGUUGUGUUCUAAUUCCUCAUAUUUUCUUCUGUCCUCUUGUAAUAUGGCGCUACAUGAAAAAUUCUAACUAAACUCUACGGAACCCCUAGUGCAGAAGGUUCUCGCAUGUAAGGUUUUUAAGCAGUUUUCAACUGUUGUCGGAAAAACCAAAACCAAAGUAAUCCUUGCGACCAAUCGGAAGGAAUGGUUAUAUUAACAUUGGCCAGUGAAAACUCAAGUGAAAACAAGCAAAGUGCUUGAAGUGCGGGAAAACGCAGGUGUCUAAGUCGUGAUCGUGUUUAGUUUAGUUUAGUUUAGUUUAGUUUAGAGUUCCUGAUUGGUUGAGAGCAUGGUGUGAGUUUUCUGGACCAAUCACAGAGCAAAGUUGAUUAAAACCCUAAGCAAGGUAAUCCCGUUUACUUUUGACACUCAGUUGAAAAUUACUCGAUGGUAGCAAAGCUAUUUCAGUGAACGGCUGAGAAGGCGACCACAUACAACAUGGCUGUCAGUUAACAAUACUUCCUCUUUCAAUUAUUCCAGGGUAUCGAGAGCCGCCUCAAGGUGGCAUUACCAGAUGAUCUGCCUGCAUCAUUGGCCGAUGGAGUUGUUCUGUGCCACCUCAUAAAUCACAUAAGAAAAGGGCUGAUUCCCAGCAUCCAUAUUCCUUCGGCAGGAGUGGUAAGACUAGAUCUGAGUCACGUUAAACCAUCAGUAUGCGUAUUCUCCAUACUGUUCUCUACACAUUGUAUAAGGUGCUGAUAAGGAGAAUUUGUGUAAUAAUUAAGAGCCUCUUUAUUUUGUGAUCAUUUCCUUUAUUCUCGUGAUCUUAAUGUGUGAUUCAGGGGUGAUAUUGUGAGGAGAAUUUAGAUGUAGUCACUCUAAAGGGUUUAAAAAGCACAUUUCGAAUGAGUUUUGUGACACCAAAAUCAAAGUUGUCACAACGGCAAAUCGAAGGACACGAAAAUGCCAUCAGUAACCGUAGAGAACACCCUAUUUUUGUCUUUUCUGUUGGAGGGGCCCAUGAUUUAUGAAAUUGUGUGGAGGAGUUACGAAAUAAUCACUUAAUUGAUUAUUACACUCUUUUUUUUUUUGCCUCGUAGCCCAAACUUACAAUGCCAAAAUGUCAGAAAAAUGUGGAUUAUUUCCUCGAAGCGUGUAGAAAGCUUGGAGUAGACAAGGUAAUGCACAUUAACGGGGGUUUUUACACGUAUUAGCGGAAUGCUUUUGUUGUGUUUGUGAGUUACUCAUUGGCAAAUUAGACAAACGCAACCACCAAGUACGCUUGUUUUCCGUUGUAUUACUUAUAAUUCAAACUGAAUGCUCAUUGUAAAAUGGAAACUACAUUUUGUCCAGGGAAAGCAAUGACAAUAACAAUAACAAUAACAUGAGCAUCAAAAUAGCAAUGCAGCCAAUUAUCUUUUGCAGUUUGUUUGUGUAAGAAGGUUAACGAAAAAGUUUAAGGAUCAAACAUUCAAAAGUGUUACCAGAUUGCGCGAUGCGCAAAACUAGCUUGAAUUCUAAAGAAUUUCCACUACUGACUUGAGCAGGCUGUGGUAAGCUCUGUGACAAACACGGCGAAUCCUGUAAUUUUCGAGUCGGCGAGCAGAGCGAGCGAGCGCGCGAGAGGUCUGGCACAAAAAUUUUCAGACCACUCAAAGGUGUAUCGUGGGCUUUGCUGCCGUACUUGCUGCACUAGUUAGUAGGAGUCGAAGAUUUGUGACCAACGUGUCUAAGACCAAACUUACUUCUGUUCACACAAAAUCAUACCAAGCAAUCUGAAGCCAUUCAAGUCGACAACAACGAUACAUUUUAUUCUUCCUUUUCGUUUUGUAGGAAAAACUAUGUACGCCAUCGGAUAUUCUCGAGGAGAAGAGUCCGUUACGUGUUUGCCAGACGGUAGAAUCUCUAUUAGAACACGCUGACGGAGGGGUAUAACAUCACCCAGUGAAACAAGAAUUUUGGUGAUUCAAAAUCUUGAGAAUUGACUUGCAGAGCUGCUCCAGUCGUUUCUUAAUUCAUUUCCCCAACAUAUUUAAAGGAAAAACCGUCCAAUUUGUUGCUGUAUUGAAAGCAACGUUGGAAAGACGUUCAUUACUGAUAAUUGUACAGGAAAUUUUCCGAUCGUAGUCGGUAGGCUGUGAACAAAACGAAACGAUCGGACUGAAUCACUUUUGUACCGUAGAGUUAAUUGAAAAAUGAACCAUAGAGUUCCCAAUUGUUGUUGUAGGUGCCUUUCUAAUAUACUGCCUUAAAUUGCAUUCCUGAUUUGUCUGCAAAACGUCUAACAGUUGUGUUAAGAUUGUUGGAUUAGAGACACAUUUGUCCUUAUUCUCAAAGACUCUUAAGAAGCUUUAAGGUAGCCUUUGUUUAUGAAUAACGCUACACGUGUAUGAAAUUGUGGAAAAACCAGUCGAUUAGAAUCAAACGCCCUCUCUCUUUCUUGUAAAGGCAUUUUGUGUAUCGCGCAUCCUCGCUGCGUGUAGUUUACCUUUCUCUCUUUUUUAAGAACUUAUCAGGUGUACUGUUAUUGUUAGUCUUAUAUCGAAUCUAACAAUGACAUUCCUCUUGUAAAAUAAGUAGAAAUCAAAUCUAAUAAUCAUGGAGACAGAAUCUUGCACUACCUUUGGGAAUGUUUAACUCACCCCACUCCCGUUUAAAAAUUCCCCACCCCGUCCCCCUUUUACAACUUCCUCUUUUAUAAUACAAAAUCUUGUG